UGGCAUUUCUUUUGGGGUUGCGAUCGAGAGCGGUUACAUAACCGAACCAAGGAUCGAGUUCUUCCUCUACUCGCUGGGCUGAAAGCGAGCCCGAAUCCAUCCAUCACCAGCGAAGGCGCAGCUGCUGCGAUCCCGAUCCCGAUCCCGAUCCCAUGGCCACCGCCUUCGACUCCCCGACCUCCUCCCCGGCCGCCGCGCCCUACCGCGACGACCCCUUCCUCAGCUUCGACGCCGGGGCUCCCGUCCCCGCCGGCGACGACGACGGCGGGUUCCCGGCCUCCCCCGACCCCUACGCCUUCCGCCACGACUCCGACGCCGGCGCCCACCCGUUCGGCAUGCCGGACUCCGACGCCAGCGCGCACCCCUUCGGCAUGCCGGACUCCAACGGCCUGCACCACGACGACAACGACAGCGGCCUCUACGGCUCCCCCGUCCUCCCGCCCCCCGCCCAGAUGGGCAGCGAGGAGGGCUUCCUGCUCCGCGAGUGGCGCCGUCAAAACGCAAUCCUUCUGGAGGAAAAGGAGAAGAACGAGAAGGAGUUGAGGAGCCAAAUUACCAUUGAAGCUGAAGAGUUCAAGAAGGGUUUCGUCGAGAAGCGCAAGCUGAACCUUGAGACGAGCAAGGAUCAAAACCGUGAAAGGGAAAAGCUUUUCCUAUCCAACCAGGAGAAGUUCCACAAGGGCGCAGACCAGCAGUACUGGAAGGCGAUAUCGGAGCUCAUCCCACAUGAGAUUGCCAACAUCGAGAAGAGAACAGGCAAGAAGGACAAGGACAAGAAGCCUGGGAUCGUUGUGGUCCAGGGCCCCAAGCCCGGGAAGCCCACAGACAUGGCACGGAUGCGCCAGAUACUGCUGAAGCUCAAGCAGACACCGCCCCCACACAUGAAGCCGCCCACCCCACCUGCUGUGGCAGCCGCUGAGAAGGCAGCGGCGGCGCCUGGCAAGGACGCCCCUGCCAAGGGCACCAUCACUGAGACGGAGAAGCCCGCCGUGGCAACCGCAGCCACUACCCCCGCAGCAGCAGCUCCAGUACCGGCAGCUGAGCCCAUUGCUGCUGCCUGAGCGAAGAUGAUGGCCUUGGUCAUCUGCUAAUCCUUGGCAAUACGAUUGUAUUUUGGUGGGAAGAUCACACACAUUGUACUAUUGCUGUUAAUUUGAAUUUGUUAUUAUUAUGAAGAGGAGGGUUGUUAUGAACCAACAACCUUUAUUGGUUAUUGCUAUUGCAUUUUGUAGAGAAGGCAUUGGUCAAAAUAUGGUGUAAGGCUGCUGUAUUAGAGGAGGAGGAUAUGUGUUUGUGUUUGUAUUUUAAGUGUUGGAAUUGUGGUAAAACCUCAUCCUGCUUAUAUUAUGUUACUCCUAUAUUAUUUGGAUUCUCA